AUGAUCAAUAAGCCCGAAACUGGGGCAAACAAUGUGGCGAAAGUCACUAUGGCUGUCAGUUUAGUCAGUGUUUUGGUUCUUGGAGCUGUGUUAACAAUGCUCAGCAUUCAAUUGGAAGAGGCACACGAACGUCUUCAGAACCGAAUGGGAUCUUUCAAGUUCGUUGCUCGCAACAUCUGGCACGACAUUGUUUUGGUGAAGAGCAAUGGGAGAAUCAGGAGACAAUACGGGGGAUAUGGAACUGAUAGUGCCCAAGCUGACAAUCAACAAUGUACCUCUUGUGUUCAACUCAGAUGCCCACCAGGACCACCAGGGCCACCAGGAGUCGGAGGUGAACCAGGAAUGGAUGGAGCUAACGGAAGACCAGGAAAACCAGGACUCGAUGGACUUGAUGUACCACUCGAUCCUGAACCAGCAUUCCCAUGUGUCAUUUGCCCAGCCGGACCACCAGGAACUCGUGGACCACAGGGAGAAGUUGGACGUCCAGGAGUGCCAGGAGAACCAGGACAUCCCGGACUCCCAGGAAGACCAGGAAAGCCAGGACGUGUCGGAGACGCCGGACCCCAAGGAGAACCAGGAGAGCAAGGAGAGCCAGGAAUCAAGGGACCCCCAGGAGAUGAUUCGAUCGGAGGAACUGGAAUUAAAGGACCUCCAGGACCACCAGGCCCAAGAGGACCAAAAGGACCACCAGGAGCCAACGGACUUCCAUCGCAGAACAGUGGGCCACCAGGACCAAUCGGAGAGAUGGGACCACCAGGACCUCCAGGACCAAGAGGAGAGCCAGGACCACCAGGACCAUUCGGACCACCAGGAGAUUCGGGAGAACCAGGAGGUCAUUGUCCAUCUUCGUGUGGAGUUCAAGAGAUUGUUGCUCCAUCAGUUUCCGAGCUGGAUACCAAUGAUGAGCCUGAAAAACCAUCUCGCGGUGGUUACUCUGCUGGAGGCUAUGGAAAGAAGUAG